UUAAAACUCUGAUGCUGUUGGGUUUUUUGGUCCCGAGCCUGAGAUGCUCAGCGGAUGCAAACCUGUCCCAGCCUGGAGACAGCGAGGGCCUGGCUGAAGCACAGAGCGGAGGCCUGCCAACGUCCCAAGGGUACUACUUGGAGUUUCUGGAGCCGGUGAACAAUAUCACCAUAGUGCAGGGCCAGACGGCCACGCUGCACUGCAAGGUGAUGGGGAACCCCAAGCCCAACAUCAAGUGGCUGAAAAAUGAUGCCCCGGUGGUGCCAGAGCAGGGCCGGAUCUCCAUCAGGAAGACCGAGUCCGGCUCCAAGCUGCGGAUCCAGGACCUGGACACCACCGACACGGGGUACUACCAGUGCGUGGCCUCCAACUCCGUGAAGGUCAUCUCUGCCACGGGAGUUCUCUAUGUCAGACUUGGGCAGUCUCCGACACAUGGCCCAGAUGACCCGUCCCAUGAGAAGGGCUUCUGCCAGCCGUACCGUGGCAUCGCCUGUGCCCGGUUCAUCGGGAACCGCAGCAUCUACGUGGAGUCCCUGCAGAUGCAGGGGGAGAGUGAGAACCGCAUCACAGCCGCGUUCACCAUGAUCGGCACGUCCACGCACCUGUCGGACCAGUGCUCCCAGUUCGCCAUCCCCUCCUUCUGCCACUACGUCUUCCCGCUGUGCGACGAGGGCGCGCGGGGUCCCCGGCGGCGCCAGCUCUGCCGGGAUGAGUGCGAGGCCCUGGAGAACGACCUGUGCCACACCGAGUACACCAUCGCCCGCUCCAACCCACUGAUCCUCAUGCAGCUGGAGCUUCCCAGCUGCCACCUGCUGCCGCACCCCGGCUCGCCCGAGGCCGCCACCUGCAUGCGCAUCGGGGUGCCUGUCGAGAAGCUGGAGAAAUAUUCUCCCCCAGAUCACAGCUGCUACAAUGGCAGCGGGGCUGACUACAGGGGCACGGUGAGUGUCACCAAGCUGGGCUACCGGUGCCAGCCUUGGAACACACAGUACCCCCACAGCCACCACCUGACGCCCAUGGAGUACCCGGAGCUGAGGGGCGGCCACAACUUCUGCCGAAACCCCGGGGGGCAGAUGGAGGGACCCUGGUGCUUCACCAUGGAUAAGCACGUGCGGGUGGACCUGUGUGACGUCAGGCCCUGCAAACCCCCUGAGAACCUGAAGAAGGAGAUCCUGUUCAUCCUCAUCCCCAGUAUCGCCAUCCCGCUGGUCAUCGCCUGCCUCUUCUUCCUGGUCUGCAUGUGCCGGAACAAGCAGAAGGAGUCCUCGGACACGCCCCCUCGCCGGCAGCUCACUGCCUCACCCAGUCAGGACAUGGAGCUGCCCCUGCUCAACCAGCACAAGCACCAGACGAAGCUGAGAGAGAUCAACCUGUCAGCGGUGCGCUUCAUGGAGGAGCUCGGGGAGGACCGCUUCGGGAAGGUGUACAAGGGUCACCUGUACGGCACUGCCCCCGGUGAGCAGACACAGGUGGUGGCCAUCAAGACCGUCAAGGACAAGGACGAGGGGACCCUGCGCGAGGAGUUCCGUCACGAGGCGAUGCUCAGGUCCCGCCUCCAGCACCCCAACAUCGUCUGCCUGCUGGGCGUGGUCACCAAGGAGCAGCCAAUCAGCAUGAUCUUCAGCUAUUCAGGCCACGGCGACCUGCACGAGUUCCUGGUCAUGCGCUCGCCCCACUCAGACGUGGGCAGCUCCGACGAUGACAAGACAGUCAAGUCCACCCUGGAGCAGGCCGACUUCCUGCACAUCGUCACGCAGGUGGCCGCCGGGAUGGAGUACCUGUCCAGCCACCACGUGGUGCACAAGGACCUGGCCACGCGCAACAUCCUGGUCUGCGACAAGCUCAACGUCAAGAUCCUGGACCUGGGCCUGUACCGGGAUGUCUACUCGGCCGACUACUACAAGCUGACCGGGACUAACCCCUUCCCCAUCCGCUGGAUGUCCCCGGAGGCCAUCGUCUACGGCAAGUUCUCCACCGACUCGGACAUCUGGUCCUACGGCGUGGUGCUGUGGGAGAUCUUCAGCUACGGGCUCCAGCCCUACUGCGGCUACUCCAACCAGGAUGUGAUGGAGAUGGUGAGGACCAGGCAGGUGCUCUCCUGCCCGGACGACUGCCCCGCCUGGAUCUACACGCUGAUGCUGGAGUGCUGGAACGAGUUCCCGGCCCGCCGGCCCCGCUUCAAGGAGAUUCACACCAGGCUGCGCACCUGGGAGAGCCUGUCCAACUACAACAGCUCAGCCCAGGCCUCAGGGGCCAGCAACACCACGCAGACCAGCUCCCUCAGCACCAGCCCCGUCAGCAACAUGAGCGCCACCCGCUAUGUCAGCCCCAAGCCCAAGGCCUCGCCCUUCCCGCAGGCCCAGUUCAUGCCCAUGAAGGGCCAGAUGCGGCCCAUGGUGCCGCCGCAGCUCUACAUCCCCGUCAAUGGCUACCAGCCCAUGCCGGCCUACCCCUACCUGCAGAACUUCUACCCCAUGCAGAUCCCCAUGCAGAUGCCACCUCAGCAGAUGCACCCACCGGCCGCGCCCAAGGCCGGCUCACACCACAGCGGCAGCGGCUCCACCAGCACGGGCUAUGUCACCACGGCGCCCUCCAACGCCUCGGGGACGGAGCGCGCUGGCCUGCUGACGGAGGACGCCAAGGCAGCGGCCGAGGAUGACGCGGCCGACGGGGCGUCCCAAGCCGGCCUGCACGGUGAAGACGUGUCCGUCCCCGAGACGGAGCUGCUGGGGGACAACGACACCCCUUUGAUGGAGGACCCCGAAAUUCACAUGGAGGCGUAAGAGGGGAGACGCCCUCCAAGAACUCGGACCUUAAAAGAAGAGCCAAGCCCGCCUUCGAAACAACAGAUGUUCAUUUGUAAUAAAGAGUACGACAGCUGAAAAAUAAAGUGAAGGGAAUGCAAUUGAAAAAAAGAGACCAAUAACUGAAUGUUAUUUAUAGGUUCCUUUGCGGUUGCUGGUGCAUUUGCACGCCAGCAGUGCUCAAGGCCAUUCCUCUGGAGCCUGGCCGCUUGGCUUUGGGAACUGGAUCCCGAAAGCUGCUUGUCGUUGAUUUGCGAUGAAGAAUCAAG